AAUGGUCCCUCUCUUCUCUACCUGAGGAGUGUCUCUCAACUAUUCUCAUCUUCGUUGUUGCUGCUUCCCCAAUCCCAACCAUUUUCGUUUCCUCACUAUACAAAUUCUACAAAAAAUAUAUCUUUCUUUUAUAUUGCUCCAAGGUGUUUGGAUCGAAGCCCCUUCAAUUGUGGGCAAUAUUCGCCGAGCUCGGCCUUCCAUCCUGAACUUCAUAAUCGUGAAGUUUUGUGUGCUUUUUUUUGUUUUUAAAAUUGCGGGGGACUUGAUAGUAGACUCUGGAUCGGAAACCCAGUAUAUUUGUGUUGAUUUUUUAACUUGUGGGAUAUUGAGGGAAUCAUCUGUGGGUUAAUGAGGAAGAUGAAUUUGGAUUUCGCGGUAAAUUUUUGAUUUUUUUUCAUCUCAUGGGAGAAGGUGACGGGAGUGAUUGCCCUCCGAAGAAUGUGUUACUGGAUUCUGCUGCAGCAGCCUUGCCGUUGGAUGGUCCAGGAAAGAAGCUAGCAAGGCAGCUCGAUUUUACGGGUUUUGGUGGGGUAUCGGGUACUGUGGCGUCAAGCGAACACCUUCAAUUGCAACUGCCUCAGUCACGUUCACAGUCACUGCCUCAGGGACUGACCCAACAAACCAUGGUUGUGAUGCCAGUGCCGCCGCAGGGACCUCAUUCUUCAGUGAGGGUUGGGAAACCAGAAUCUCCAAAAUCAAGAUCAAGACCUAACCUUGAAAUGAAAGACUCUACUCCAAAGAAGCAAAAGCAGUGCAAUUGUAAACACUCAAGAUGCUUAAAGUUAUACUGCGAAUGUUUUGCAUCAGGAAUAUACUGUGAGGGGUGCAACUGUGUAAAUUGUUUUAACAAUGUUGAGAAUGAUGCGGUGAGACGGGAGGCUGUUGAAGCUACUUUAGAGCGCAAUCCUAAUGCAUUUAGGCCAAAAAUUGCAAGCAGCCCUCAUGGAACACGUAAUAGCAGGGAGGAGACUGGAGAAGUUUUACUAUUGGGAAAGCACAACAAGGGCUGCCACUGUAAAAAGUCGGGAUGCCUCAAGAAGUACUGUGAAUGCUUCCAAGCCAACAUUCUUUGCUCCGAAAAUUGCAAAUGCUUGGACUGCAAAAAUUUUGAGGGAAGUGAAGAAAGACAAGCUUUAUUCCAUGGAGAUCAAAAUAACAAUAUAGCAUAUAUGCAGCAGGCAGCAAAUGCUGCCAUAACUGGGGCUAUCGGAUCCUCUGGUUAUUCAUCCCCUCCAGUAUCCAAGAAAAGAAAAGGUCAGGAGCACUUUUUUGGGCCAACAGUCAAGGACUCAUCUGUUGGCAGACUUGGGCAGUUUCAACAGGCAAACAAUGCCGGAGUUCCUGAACCUUCCUCUUCCUUAUCCCCUCUCCCUGGUGCUCGGGUUGGGAGUGCUGCAGCAGGUCCUUCAAAAUUUGCAUACAGGUCUCUUUUAGCAGACAUAAUACAGCCUCAACACUUGAAGGAACUUUGCUCUAUUCUGGUGCUAGUGUCAGGACAAGCCGCGAAGACACUCUCAGGACCAGAUCAGAAAAAUUUAGUUGACAAGCAGCGAAUUGAAAAUCAGACGGAGAGUGCCCUUGCUUCAUCAACUCAACAGCAAUUACCUAAUCGAGUGGAAACUGACGUCGAGAAAACCAUGGCUAAUGAUUGUUUGAGUGCAAACCAGACGGAUAAAAUCGGCGGCCAAGGUGAUUCCAGUUCAGAUGGUGCUCAUGUCUCAAAGGGGAGGCCAAUGUCUCCUGGAACUCUAGCCUUGAUGUGCGAUGAGCAAGAUGCAAUGUUCAUGACAGCUCCCCCUCCUAGUGGUUUGAUUGCCCAUGCCGACAACACAUCUUCACAGUCUGGUUGUGGACAAGGCAUGACAGAGGCCCAUGCAGAGCAAGAAAGGGCUGUAUUGACAAAGUUCAGAGAUUUUCUAAAUAGGGUUAUCACCAUGGGAGAAAUAAAUGAGACAAAGUGUUCUUCAUUAGCUAGAAGUGUAUGGGAGACUCAAAAGGAGACAGUCAGCAAUAAUGUCGGAAAUACAAGUACUAAGACAACACAUCAGCAGGUUGUCACUAGUAAUGGUGUUGCCAAAGCUGCGGUCCCACCCAUGGCCGCAAGUAUGAACAUAAUCACUUCAACGGCUUUAAUUCCUAAUAAUGUGAUUCCUGAAAAUGGGGAAAGUAAGCCAAAGAUCGAAAAGGAGGUAUGAAAUGAUUCUAAUGUAAACAGUGUGCCGAGAAGUCAUUGAAAGAAAUAGUCAGAUUACUGUGAAGGUAUGCUACAACAUCUCCGUAGUAUUAUGCUCACUGCCAAUCUCAAUUUUCUGGCUUCUGUUGGAAGGGUGGCUUAAAUAUAAUCAUACUGGCCUCGCUUCCAAUUGAGGUAGGAUAAAUUUUUACACAAAAAUUACCUUUUUUUCUACUUUUUAACUGCGAAGCUUGUAAAUUGCAGAGUUGUAAUUUCAUUAAUUGUCAAGUUUGUCAAUUAAACUUGAGUUUCAAUGACUUCCAUUGCCUGUAAUUUAGAUUUUCCUUUUCUAAUAAAGAAAGCUAUUUUAUGUCA